UUGAAAAAUCGAGAUAACACCCGUGAGGUCGCCUCACUUCUUGUUUUAUCUCGCAUGUUUUGGUAAACAUCGUUUCAUAACGUUCGAAUUUUCGAAAUGUCCACGCGACGUUGCUUUAGGGCAUAGUAGGGAGCGAAUGGUCCAGAUAUUGAUCGUUCUCCUCCUGCGAGUGAGUCGCUAAGACGCGGGGUUGGCGCACACACAACCAAGCUCUCGGCCAUGGAGGGUGCCAGCAAGCAGCCCGACGAGGAGAUCGCCCUCAAGCCCAAGAUGACCCUCGUCAACGGCAUCACCGUCAUCGUGGGCUCCAUCAUCGGCUCCGGGAUCUUCGUGUCGCCGGCGGGCGUCCUCAUGCACACCGGCAGCGUCAACGUCUCCCUCCUGGUGUGGACCAUUUCGGGGAUUUUUUCCAUGGUCGGCGCCUACUGCUACGCCGAACUUGGCACCAUGAUCAGGAAAAGCGGCGCUGAUUACGCCUACAUCAUGGAAACCUUCGGCCCUUUCCUUGCCUUCAUCCGCCUAUGGAUCGAAUGCAUGAUAGUACGGCCGUGUUCUCAAGCAAUAGUAGCCUUAACUUUCAGUGUUUACGUGAUGAAACCCUUCUUCCCUGAAUGCCAACCACCUGAAGACGCCGCACGUUUGCUCGCCGUUUGUUGCAUCUGUGUUUUAACGUUCGUUAACUGCUACGACGUGAAGUGGGCGACUCGCGUCCAGGACGUCUUCACCUACGCCAAACUCCUGGCCCUGUUCAUCAUCAUAGCGGCAGGAGGGUAUCAGCUGGUCAACGGGCACACGGAGCACUUUUCAUUCAUCAACACAAAGAGCGAAGUUACGUCGCUGGCAUUAUCAUUCUAUUCCGGCUUGUUCGCCUACAAUGGCUGGAAUUACCUGAACUUUAUUAUCGAGGAACUCAAGGAUCCAGUCAGAAAUCUCCCGCUUGCUAUCGCAAUUUCGUGUUCUUUGGUAACAAUCGUCUACGUUUUGACCAACGUGGCGUUCUACACAACGCUUUCACCCGCCGAGCUUUUGGGGUCUGAAGCAGUGGCGGUGUCGUUCGCCAAUCGACUUUUUGGUCCUUUCGCGUGGACGAUUCCUGUUUUUGUGGCCCUGUCGACGUUUGGGGCCGUUAAUGGUAUUUUACUGACAUCGUCACGACUGUUCUAUUCGGGGGCUUGCCAUGGACAAAUGCCCGAAAUUCUGACCAUGAUUCAGGCGCAGAGGGUCACCCCCACACCCUCGGUGCUCAUUAUGGCGCUGUUAUCGAUGCUCUAUCUCACAGUAUCAGACAUUUUCGCUUUAAUAAACUACGUCGGCUUCGCCACAUGGCUGAGCAUUGGGGUGUCCGUGCUGUGCGUCCCCUGGCUGCGCUGGACGCACCCGGACCUGGAGCGCCCCAUCAAAGUGAACUUAAUCUGGCCCAUCAUCUACUUACUCGCCACCGUUUUCGUAACAGCCGUGCCCAUGGUCGCCAGUCCUGUCGAAACCGGCAUCGGCAUGCUGAUGAUUUUGACAUCGGUACCAGUUUAUUUGGUAUUUAUUUAUUGGAAGAACAAGCCGCUGUGGUUCCUUAAGGCCACCAACAGCAUAACCAUCACGCUCCAGCAGCUGCUGGUGGUGGUGGGCAAAGCCAAAGCGGCCAACUUGUAGGUAGUGAGUGCGAAAGACCAAAGAUUACUUAUGCCUACAUCGACAAUAAAUGUUUGUAUGCAUGGAAAAUAAACUAUGUUACGAUUUA